UUUUUUUUGAAAAAUAUUAAUUUUCAAUAAUUUAAAGGUAGCCGUUCGUGGACGUGCAGAUGAUUGGCCUGCUGCUGCUCAACAUGGUUCUGCUGCUCUACAUGUUGCUGCUGAUACCCGGUGGUUUUUAUCCUUUUUAUUUUUUUAAAUUUAAUUACCAAAAUAAUUUUUUUAUUUUUCAUGUUUUUUUUGCUUGUGGUGGCGUGGCGCAACAUAGAUGGAUGGUCUUCAUGGUCUGGCGGGUUUUCUUUUUUAUUUAUUUAAAUAAAUAAAAUUAAUUUUAUUAUUUUUUUUAUAUUUUUUUGCUUGUGGUGGGUGGUGGUCAACAUGCUCUUGGUUGGUCAAUAUGCUAUUGGUUGGUCAAUAUGCUAUUGGUGGUGUUCAACGUGCUUUUGGAUGGAAUGGUGGUGGCUGGUUUUAAAUUUUUAAAAAUUUUAAAAAUAAAUAAAUUUAAAUUUUUUUAUUAUUUUUAAAAAAAAUUUUUGUUUGCUGUGGUGGCAUGUUCAACAUGCUCUUCAUGGUGGUGUUCCAAGUGCUCUUCAUGAUUGUGGUGGUCCAAGUGCUCUUCAUGGUGGUGGUCUUUAGGGCCUUCCGGCCUGGUAAAAAAUUACUUUUUAUUGAAAAAGCAAAAAUUGGCAAAAAAUAGCGCACGCGCCCCGCAUUUCUUUUUCUUCAUUUUCUUGUUGUCCUUGUCUUGUUUUUGUACAAUUUUAAAACAUUUUUAUUUUGCCGAUUUAGAAAAAUGUGGCACUUGGCUAGAUAUGGGAAAUUGAACUGGAUGUGGAAUGGAGUGAAUUGAACUAGGAAUAGAAAAGGUUUUUUAGAUUAUAAGGGUUUUAAUUUCUGAGGGCGUUUCUGGGGUAGACCGUUUCUUUUGCCAAGCGUUCAGGUCACUCUUUUUCUUAAAAUUUAAAUUUUGGCAUUCUGUU